AGCAACUGGCCUGUUGUGAGUGUGACUGACAGACGGUAUUUCACACAAGCCUUUUGUUGUGAAAGGUCCAUGGAGGUGGAACCGCAGCUCCCACCAAUUUUUACCUGUUUGUACAAAGCUGCAGAGUCAGCUCCGGCUACUGACAGGCAGCUGGCUGGCUUUGACUGAUUCCUGCAGAUGGAUUUAGCAGUAAGAGUCCAGCUUUCACCCCCCUUCGACUCUUCCUCCGGCAGCCUGGUCCGGUCUGGAAAACUUCGCCGUGCGCUAACCUUCCCACAGAGGAAUAUGCUGUGAGAAAUACAGAGAAGCACUGGAUUUACAGAAAUAAGAUCAAUGACUGUCAGCUGUGCAAUUCUACCCAGACCUCCAGGCAACCUUCCGAACGUUCCAUUCUGGUGAUGGCACACGAUCACAAUGGGCACAAACAACAAGACAGUCAUGUGAUGCAUGCAGUAUCUCUUAAUGACAUGGAAUGUGGCCAUUUCUCUGCAUUUACCACCCGACAAGUGAAGAUUAAACGAGACCCUGUCUAUGGUUUUGGAUUUGUAGCAGGUGGUGAGAAGCCUGUGAUAGUGCGAGCUGUGGCACCAGGCGGUCCAUCGGAGGGCAGACUCAUCCCAGGCGAUCAGAUUCUAGCCAUAAAUGAUGAGUACGUCAGCACUGCCCCGAGGGAAAGAGUCAUAGACCUUGUAAGAAAUGGCAAGGACUCCAUUAUUCUGACUGUCCUGCAGCCUUAUCAAUCUCCGAAAUCUGCCUUCAUCAGUGCAGCCAAGAAAGCACAGCUUAGGACAAACCCUGUCAAAGUUCGAUUUUCUGAAGAGGUUACAAUCAACGGAAACAGUUCUGAUCCUAUGAAAGAGGAAACUCUAAUGUUGAUCUCAAACGUGCUGAAUGUAUAUCUGGAAAACGGCCAGAUGAAGUCGUUCACCUUUGAUAGCAGAACAACUGUGAGGGACGUGAUUCUCACACUACAGGAAAGGUUGUCCCUCAGGUGCAUAGAACACUUUGCACUUGUGCUGGAGGUGGGCAAUGAAGGUCCAGAGAAGAAACUUCUUCUUCUACAUGAAGCAGAGACUCUGAUACAGGUUGUGCAGCGCAGUCAUUUUAACGCCAUGAAAUGCAUCCUCAGAAUCACCUUUUUUCCAAAGGACCCAGUUGACCUACUGAGGAGGGACCCAGUGGCAUUUGACUACCUAUAUGCUCAGAGCUGCAGUGAUGUGAUGAAAGAACGAUUCAGUGGUGACUUAGCAGAAAAUAUAAUGCUGAAAUUGACUGCGCUGCAUAUCUACAUCACUGUCUCCAGUGCAAGAACCAAUCAGAAGAUCACCCUCAGAAACGUUGAGAAGGAAUGGGGCCUUGAGCUGUUCCUGCCACCAUCUCUUCUGAUGUACGUGAAGGAAAAGCAUGCACGGAAAAUCCUCUCACAUCACCUCAAAGCAACACAAGCUCCAGGUCCUUUAGGCAAAAAGAUUUCUAUAGUACAAGCCAAACUGCAGUACCUGCGAAUCCUGAAUGAGCUCCCUUUGUAUCCAGGAGGACUUUUUAACUCUGUUGUGCUGGAUGCAAAGCAAUCAGAAAUGACUUUGCUAGUUGGGCCACAGCAUGGCAUCAGCCAUGUUAUAGACCUGAAAACAAAUCUCACCACUAUCUUAGCAGAGUUUGGCCGAGUGAACCGAAUUCAGUUGUUCAAAGAGAAGGAGAACGUGGCUCGGGUUGAGCUAACCAUCUCAGAAACUAAGCCUAUCGUGUUGCUGAUGGAGUCAACAGAAGCUGUAAAUUUUGCUUGCCUGAUAGCAGGUUAUUACAGAUUAUUUAUUGACACAAAGAAGAUGAUAUUUUGUAGCGCCAAUAUGCAACCUCAAGUGAACAAGGCAGAAAGCAUGAAGGCUUCAACUAAUGCAGAGCUGAUUUUAGAUUGUCAGAACCCAACAUUUCCAGGUCCCAGUAUUUUCUCAAAUGAUUAUAUCAAACUCUUCCCAAAGUUACAUUUGGACUGCAGUGAAAUUGGCAAGGAAGGUCAUCCUGUGGAUGUUAUCUACUCAACAACCCAUUUUCUGCCAGUUGACUACAGAAAUAUACCGAACAUUCUGCAACCAGAAUGGACUAUUUCGUCAUCAGGUCCCAUUCUAAAACCCGAGGGAAGAGGUACAAGUUGCCCUCACAAUCUUCCACAGCACAUUGAGUCGCAGGCUGCACAUAAUCUGAUGGCAAACCCCCCAGAGUCCAAUCUGGAGUCAAGACCAAGGACAAAGUCUGACCCUACACCAAAUACAUCAAAAACAAGACAGAGCAACUCUGACAUCAGGAGUCUUUCUGGGCAGCAAGGAUUUCUGAGCAGGGGGAGAGCAAACACACUGGACGGACACAUGAAAAUGGCAAUUGCUUAUACAACAGACCAUCAUAACUGUAUCUGUCCAAAACUCCCGAUGAAGCUAACAAGAGUGAAUAGUACAAAGCUCCUUCCCAUAAUAAUCAAGGAAAAUGAUGAAUUGCUUUGUGAUGCUUGUAAGGUCAAAAUGAGGGGUAAUAUUAUUCCCAAAGGAAGCAGUACAGAGAAGUGCUUAAACUCUUGCAAUUACCAUGAUGAUGUGGUUGACCUAACAACUCUCCCUCUACCGGGAAGCGACGAGGAACAAGAAGGAGAAGAAUGCCAUUCUCUACUUCCAACACUGGCUGCCCCUCCACCUGGUUUCAGGGAUAAUAGUUCUGAUGAAGAUGACUCCAAGCGAAGGACCACUCAAAACCUAGCUUCCAGUCGACAGCCUUGUGAUGUACACUUCAAUGAUAUCCCAGUGUCUCUAAUCGACGGUGUUCAAACAAGGACUGUCAGACAUCACGCCCAGGAACUUGAUGAUGCUCUGGUUUCCACACUACAGGCCCUGGAAGCUUUAGCUGCAGCUGAAGACUGUCCACAUACUCAACCACAAGAAGGAUCAGGUUUGCUUGUAUUGGCAGCUAUGACACCAGAGUCAUCACUGGAUUCUGGCCAUGAAACAAAUUCCUCAGAAAUGACGGAUAUCUCUGAAAUGGUCUCAGCAAUAAAACAGCACCAUUUACUCGCUUAUCAGGGAAAUAAACCUGGCCUAAUUAUGAAAAAGGAUCUUCCCUUGAGUGCUGUUAGAUGCUGUGCACAAGCUGCUUUCAGAAGAGUUCCAUGUCCAAAGAGAUAUUACCAAGAAGCAAACACUUCAUCUGCAAUUACUUCCUCUAAGCAGAAUCCCCCGUCAAGUUCCAUUAGACUCAAACCUAGUCACAUGACUGGAUUUUGCACAGUUCACAUGCGACCUCAGGUAUUUGGUCAUUCUAAUGAAACCACAAGUAGGCCAGAAAAUAUUAUUUUAAAGCCUCUUCUUCAGCAGAAUUGUCCACGGUGUCCAAAAACAAUAGAAGACCAAAUGUCCAAACAACAAAUAAUUAAACCUAAAGAAAACCUUUCCAAAAUCCUGACAUGUCCCAAUGAGAUAAUUCAGAAUAUAGAUGAAGAUAAAGCAUGUGUUAAGCAGUUAUUAAGUAGAAGGAACUCUGGAAACAGCUCCAGAAUUACAAGCCCUGAAAUCCAUCAAGAAAAUUCAUCAAGCUAUGGCUCAACAAACAACACUUCUCCUCCAGUUUCUAAGUACACAGACAGCUGUGCUAAGUGUGAUGCUUCAAAAAAUGAGUAUUUGAGAUAUGAAGGAAGCAUGCAGAACCCCAGACCGUGUGAAUGUCAUUUGCUGAAGACCGACGCAAGGCAAGUAGACUCUCAGGCCCACCGAACAACUGUCUUCCAUACUUGCACACCAAAGAACAAUGAAGUGGCUUACGUCAAAGUAAGCAACAGGAAGUAUCAGCCAACAGGUAAGGAAAAUCCAGCAUUAUUCAAUGACGAUCUUAUAGAUUUGGCAGAUGUUCCAGAUGGUCAAAAGAAUGAUUAUACCAAAACAGAGAAAGAAUGCCAACCAAUGAGGACUAGUUCCCCAAGUCCAGGCUGUUAUCACAGUCCUUACAGAUAUCCAUCUACCACUUUAGGACCAGAUAACAGCACAGCACAGCAAGAUAAUGCUGAAAAGAUGAAAUACCAGGGACACCCAUGUUCUUGUAAAGCUAAUAUCAGUUCAGAGAGAAGUGCUGGCAUCACAAUGUGUUGCAAGCCUUCCAGCAUGUGUGAUGCUGCAUUGCCGCCACAUGUCUCAUCAUCUCCUGUGAUGGAAAAUGCCUUUGAUGCCAAACAGCACACUUCUCUUAUUCCUGAUAAAGUUAAUUUACAAAAAGGCUCCUUACUGAACUUUAAGAAUCUCUUCUCUGCUACUUUUCCAGCAAGAUUUAAGAGAGAAAGUGAUGAGAGGCAGGAGCAACUUCAGAAGGUGAAACAAUAUGAACUUGAAUUUCUUGAGGAAUUACUCAAGCCCAAAACCAAAGUUGACGUAUUUGCAGAAGAUUAUGUUCAUCACAAAGGAUCCAAUCAUUGCUCUUUUCAGAUCAAAAGUAGUCCAGUUGGAAAUAUUCCAGGUCUAUCCAGGGAACGUCGUCGUAGCUGUGAUUGUAAACGUCGAGGACUGACUUGUGAUUCAGUGUGUUUUCCAUCAAUCCCUAAUACUCUGGAUUCACAAAGAGCAGAUCGAGGCAAAGGCCCUUGUGUUCACAAGCAGCCUAAAACCAGUGUUGCCCCUCCUGCACCAAAUACCAAUACCAAACAAAAAGCCAUUCGAAGGCGGACCUCAAGUCUAGAGUACAGUGACUAUAGAGCUGAACAGCAGCCUGGUGUGCUCUGCAUGAUGGCACGCGGUGAUUGUCUGAAAGUGCCUCAUGAUAAGAAACUGGAGCGACAUCAUAGUGCCACCAAUAUAGUCUCUGAGGCAGAAAUAAGUGAAAUAACAUCGCAGGCUUCGGAGAACAGUGCAUGUAUGGCCACAUCUAAGACUGAAGAAACCAGGAAAAUAGAAAAAGAGAAAGAAUUCAUGAGAAAAGCUCUCAAAAGCCAGUGCCGGGAACCACCCCAGUUUGAUGAUCCGUCUUACGUUCAGUUUCCCAAUGCAGACAAACAGCAAAGGUCCCCAGCAAUUUUCUCUGUUCAGGGAGAAUUCAAACCAUCGAAGUCAAUGCCACUUUUAAAGGGGGACAUGGGUGGCAAUAACCGAUGCUGUUCUUUUAGAUAUUGUUUUUAUUAUAGAAAUUGUGAUGUUGCUGAUGACAGCAGUGAUAAAGAUGAACUUUCAUAUUCAGUACCAAUGCAGCUUCUUCCUGAUCUGAGGUCUGACAGUUCAGUGACACUCAGUGAAACAUUAGCUAAAACUUAUCAAACAUCAGAAAGAAAUGUUUCCAACGGAUGUGAGGACAAUGUACAACAGGAAUCAGUACUGCAUGAUACAGGACUAGAUACCAACAUAACAAGAAUCAAUGCCCUGCGGAAUAGUGUCUAUACGUUACCAGAUGGCUUUGUCGCCGCACAGAAGGAUACUAACGAACUGUUAUCUAUCUUAAGGCAAUGCACGACAAAUCGCGGAAACUAUGAUGCAAAACUUUACAUUUCACACCUGGAUGAAUACAAACAGACACUCACACUUAAGUUUAAAGAGCUGCGAACUGCAUGUAGGAGAGUGGCGGCAGUAGACAAAAGCCCAUCACGCAUGCUUUCAGCUAUCUCAACUAGCUUUCAAGUAUUAUGUGGCCUCAUUGAAGCUUUUGUGCACUUGGUUUAUAUUGUGCGAUCGGAAAGGCAAUGCAGAGAACUCCUCUCUAAAGUGGAGGAGGUGGUGAUCAAUUAUACUUUUUUGCUCAGAGCGGCAGAAGAAUCAUCCAGUAAAACAUCUCAUCACUUAACAAAGCAAUCAACCUCUGUAACUACAGUAGUGAACACAUUUACUCGUUCAAUUAAAACAUUAAUGAACAAAUAACUCCAUGAAGCCAUGCACUCAAACACCAUCUUUUGUGUAAAACUUAUUGGGAAAAAAACUUUAAACAUACUCCAUUGUCCUGUGCUUGGUAGUCAUUUCUGUGAACAGUAUUUUAUCUGAUUCCCUCCUGCUUUAUUCUCAUAUUAUCUGUUCUUGUUAUGCUAAAUGUAUGUAGUAAGUUUUUCCCUGAAUCCAAUUUAGGUUAGAUCUGCCAACUCCAAUUUACCAUGUACACAGCAAAUUUGCCUUUCAUUUUAUCACUGAUCUAUUCAUCUCAAUUCAUGUGUCAAAAUAAUUUAUUAUUCUCAGAUAUUUCAAUAGUAGCAGGACACCAUUUAAAUCAGGAUUCAGAAGAGAGAAGGAUUAUUAGGAAGAGCACAUUCAGCUAGGCUAGAUGUAAGAAGAGUUCUUUAGAUUACCAUAGUCAUACAGCACAGAAACUACAUAAAGCUAAGAGAUUGUGUUAAACUGAAUCAGGCCAAGAGAUUGUUUAUGCCAGUGUCACAGAAUCUAGGACACUAUAACAGAACAUUGUCUCUUCCUAGUAAAAUGUAAUUUCUGGUUUUAUUUCCAUAAUCAUUUAAUCAAAAGCAAUGUAGAAUCAGAUUAUCAGCAACUGAUUGAGACUUAAUAUAUCCUACAGAAACCUAAAAUCAUAGAUACAGAUUACAACUACAUGUUUAAGUUUUCACAUAUCAAAAUAUUGAAUUAUUGUUUUUCCAGAAUUAUUGUCCCUCAAUAAUACAGCAUUUUAAUGCGAUUUACUGAAAAAAAAUUGAGAACUGAAAUAUUCCUUCUACUUCUCUCAUUUUGGCAUAACAUUUUAUAUUAAAAAUGUAUACAGCAUUUUUCUCAAAGCUAUAUGAUAUAAAAGUACAGU